AUGGUCGACAUGAAUGGAGGUCGUGUUUCCACGAAAAAAGCAGAAAAUCUCCCAAAAAAUAAGACAAAAACAUACAACAGCAGGGAUUCGCAUGUGGUCACCCACCAUACUACUAACCUGCCGGCGUGUGGCUUAAGUACGGCUGAGCGGACGGGAAGCCCUGUUCUCCACACCCUAUGGUCGUAUGUACCUAACGAAACUGCAAAAAGGGAUAUAUCCUCUAGAAUUACUAUAGACAACAUGACCGCCCCUUCAGCGUCGUGCAGCUGGUGGAUAGGCCCUCUUAGAUUGUCGAGGGAUUACUGGGACUCAGUAAGUCGAGUUCAGAAAUGCUGA